AUGUCUCAAACCGGCUCGCGUCACGAAGGUCAGAAGCCCGCGCAGUGCAAGAGUCACGACGCUCUCAACCGCAGUCGACAGCCACCGAUGCAGAGCGCACUCAAGAAGGCGGUCGGCGUGUUUGCGGCCGUGCUCCUGAUGUCUGCCGUGGCGAUGAUCGCCGUCGGCAGCCACUGGCACGGCCGGCUGUCGCCGUACUCCAACUUUUUCACCGGCCGUCUGGGCACGCCUAUCAUCCUGAUCGUUAUGGGUGUGCUGUCCUUCCCGCUGGCCCUGCUGCUGGUGCCCGGGCUUCGGCGAGACAACUACCGGGCGCUCUACAUGUUUGCUGGCAUCCUGUCCUGCAUGAUAGCCUGCGAGAUUGCCGCCGCCGUCGCCUCGUUCGAGUACCGGCACGUGAUAGGCGCCGCCGUGCGCAGCGUAGUUGUGCGAGACCUGGACGGCUGCCAGGGGACCGGCCUCGAGUUCGCGCAACGCACGCUGGCUUGCUGUGGAGGACCCAAUGGCUCGCACGACUAUCGCGCCCGCGGCCUGGCUAUUCCGCCGUCGUGCUGCCCACGGGGCUGUCAAGGCUACGGCGCGCACCGAGCCUCAUGCGACUACCGGCUCGAGGGCCUGUUCAACCGCGCUAUGAUCGACGUCGGUUCCACGGCCAUCGCGCUGCUCUGCAUCCGCUUCAUGGGCGUGCUGCUCGUCUGUUGGCAGGCGCACAGGUUGGCCACUGAUAAUGCCCUCAUAUACACUGUCAACCAGUAA